UGAUUGUCCGUUUCCGAAAUCUUUAAACAAUAAACAGCAAUAAAGUGGUUCAAUACAGUUGUAAAUAUUAAUUUCCUAAGUGACAGUUUAAUGGGGAUAAUAAAUAUAAAGAAGGAUUCAGAUUUAUGGACACUAUGAUAAUCUACGGACUAUUUUGUAUGUUCUCAGUUGAGUAAAGCAUAUCUUCGGCUUGCAUUGUUUUUAAUAUUCAUUUUCCUUUUGGCUUGAUAAACAUGAUUUUUGUGAUCAAAACAUUUAUAAUCCGAGUUUCUACACUUAAGAUGAUAUUGCGGUCCAGAAAGACGGUGCUUUCUUCUAUCACAUAUAACGUUUGCUAAUCAAUGGAAGUUGUAUUUUAAUGAAGCGGUUUAAUUUCAAUUCAGUUGUUCUCUUUUGAAGUUAUUAUAAAAUUAAGUUGUGAAUUGAUUCUAAAAGGAUUGAUGGACUGAACAAGGAUGCUUUGGACAUUUAGUUUCUGAAGAAUAAAUCGAAUUUUGUCGGGUAACACAUUUUAAACAGAUCAGUGUGUGCAGAAAAAACAAUGUGUUCUUUCAUUCAGACUUUGAAAACCAAAGGAAUAUGGAUAGUAAUAAUGUGCACGUUCUUGUCGCUGUUCUAUGUCGCACAUCAAAUAAAUGUGGCCAGUUUUUCAAAGCCAUUUGCUUUAAUUGAAAUUGUGAGCGGGAAAAAUUCUUUUAUAGAAGUGAAGCCUGUCGGGAAUAGUGACAACGAAAAUACUCAUUCCGGAACAGGUAAAAUUGUGCUAAACGAGAAAAAUGUUUUGAGAGAAUUUACUACUAAAAAUUUAGCGGAUUUAAGUAUUUCAUCUAUGAAAGGAAAGGAUUCACUUAUGUCAACAAGCGCCGCCGGGAAUUUGCACAAUGAUCCCUUGUCUAAACCCCCUAAUUCCAGUAUGAAUAAUGUGAACGAUAGUACUGAAAAAAUACUUAAAAGUGAAAUAAAAAUUGGCAUUUUAAUCCCGUCGUCAACCCGUAAGAUUAAAAAUCCGCUGGUAGAAAAAUUGAGUUUAACCACUAUUUGCUUGCCUUCCCUUUAUAAAACUGUGGAAGAGGAAUAUACAUAUGUUAUGUAUGUUGGAAUAGAUAAGGGUGAUUAUUUAGAAACUGUUAAAGAUAAACUGGAAACGAUGUUUGAUAAAGUAAAAGCUGUUGUUACUCGUGGUAGAACAUUUACAAAAACUGUUAAUGCAAUAGCACGAGUGGCUUAUGAAGAUGGCAUGGAUUAUUUUGUUCGCAUUAACGAUGACAGCUCCAUGGAAACUCAGAACUGGACAUCGAAAGGGAUAUCAAUUCUGCAGAACUACACUCCCCCGAAUAUAGGUGUCGUUGGACCAACGUGCCAUGAAGGAAACACUGGAAUAUUGACACACGAUAUGGUUCAUCGUUCACAUUUAGAAAUUUUUGACUUCUAUUACCCUCCAUAUUUUGAUAACUGGUGGGCUGAUGAUUGGAUAACAAAAGUUUAUUCCCCUGAGCGAUCAACCAAACUGCCUUCUUGGGUUGUGAAACAUCAUCUAAGCUCGCAUGGGACAAGAUAUAAAGUAGACUUUAAGAAGCAUAUUCGGCUAAAUAAGACACUGACCUUCGACCAAGAAAGACUUGAUGAAUACCUUAGCAGCAUGCACAAAUAAAAGUCUGUUCUCGUCUUUAUGAUGCUUGAUAUUGUCAUUUAUUAUUUGUCAUCUGCAACUGUCAGGUCAGCAACAUUUCUUACAGUUUUAAAUUAUUUUCUCAUUUUUAUGGCUUUCUUCGACUUGUAAUUAAGAUUAUGGGUUAUUACCAAUCUGACUGAAGUUCUCAAUCUUCCUAAAAGUUAGAUCUGAAGACAGCCAAUUCAAAUUCAUCAUUCUGUUUAAUCGGAUUUCCAAUAUUGCUAUCUAUUUUUAUUUGAACCAAUCAGACGACUCGUUUCAACGAGCGUUUGGCUAAAAGGGACUGAACUCAGAUUUUUGCUAAAAUAAUUUUUAUUUCGAAUAACAGUUUCGUCAUAUUAUGAACAUAAGAACAUGAGAUUUUGUUUUUAAACUAUCUUAAAAAAGUAAAUCAAGCAAAACUCACGUCCGAAUCGGGAAUUGAACCCGGGUCGCCCCAGCAACAAACUUUUCCUGCGUUCUUCACCAGUACACCACAGAGGAACACGUACUUAUGGAUGGUUAAAUAUAAAGCUUUGUAAUUAAGGCAGUUUACCUCCGGUACCCAUAACAAACGCUUUUCAAUUUUGAUGGGAAAAAAAUAAAUGUGCGCUCUGUACACAUGAAAACAAAUGUAUUCAAAGAUAAAUGUGCCCCUUUUAAAAUAGAAUUUGUAGCGUGAAAUAUCAGAUAAUCUAUGCAUGUAUUCCUAUAACGUUAACAUAAUCAUUAAAGAUAAAAAUGAAACAUGUAUUAGAAACCUGUUCCAUUCAACUUAAACGACGACCGUAAGAAAAUUAGAGCGUUAUUGGUCUUGCACUUUUGGUUUGCUUCUUAAUCAACUUCUUGUUUGUCUUUACAGCUGGAGUCAGACUAUCUUCUUAGAAAGGAAGAACUUUAAUUAUUGUAUUAUUGAAAGAAGUGUUUUUGUUAACUUUCAAUCAUAAAUAUGUAAACAGUAUUCAAGUGAAGAAGUCGUGUCUCAUAAUUUAUAUGUUAUAUGAAAGUAUGUAUGUGAACACAGGUAUGUAAAUUAUUGGGAAUAAAUUCGUUUAUACUAAACAGUAUUAAUAUACAUAUAAACAAUAAUAUCUACAACAGUUACCGCAAAAUAAAGUCUUCUGAAAUGGUUCCUAACUUACUAAAGCGACGACUGUAAUGCGCAAAUGUGCAAUUUUACCUAUAGUAAAUAAGCGAUGGUAUGCAGAACUUAAUGUGUGUUUAUUGAGAGGUAUAAUAGAGCGAAGCAAAGAAACAUACUGGAAGUGUUUAAGUACAAUAAAGUCACAUAAAACACUGACAAUGCUGCAAUUUCAUAGCCCCGUUAACAUUUUCUGGAAGCACAGUAUAAAAUAAUCAAUCAUCUGAAAGCUGUGACACAUAGCCAGGCCUUUUUUAAAAUAGAAUUUCAUAAAUGGCCUAUAAACCAUAAAAACACCACGAAAAUUAAAAUUAGGGGCCAUGUAUCGUUUUAGAGAGAUUUUUUGUUUGCCGGGUGAACGCUAUGGGAUUCUUCCGAACUGAUAACUUAAAUGUGGGGAUGAACGUAUUUGUAAUGUUUGUUUACAUUUCUAUAAAUGCAAUAAAAAAAAAAAUCUUGAAAAUGCUACCGAAAUGUCAAGUGUAGGUUCAGAAUAAAAACCGAAACUGGCUUGCAUAAGACAUGAAAAUGCCACUUUAACUGGGAAAAAGUUUAGGAUUUUGUUUCUGCCAUUAUCUUAUUACCUAUUAAGUACUACUUAGUACACUUAAAGCAACAUUUUACCGCCAUUUUGAGACUGAAAUAACCGCGCGAAAAAUAUGGAAAAAACGUCGCACAGUUCGAUGCUACGGUAGUUGAAGUAUAGUUUCUAUCUGGGUGAUUGAACCAAGCCGAAAGAAAUAAGUCAACAUAUGUACAAGGUUGCACAAAUUACUGGUAUUUUUUAUGAUCAUCCGAUAUUAAUGCGGCGUAUGUUCAAAAUAGACAAAGCAGCUAUAGAAAAAAAUCAAACAAAAUUACUCUAAAGAUGUACAUAUUUCAGCUAGUAUGGGCAGUUUAUGUGUUAAUAAAUGAAAAUAAUUAGACAAUACAUGUUUCCUAUGUAAAUUAAAUCACUAAAUCACCAAAAAUAGCAGUCCUGUCAUGGCGGAUUAAGUUUUGUUUUCGGUGGCUGUACAUAAAGCAUUUUCCCAUAUAUUUAGAAAGUUGUUAUGUCAGUCACUUUAAAGUGGAAUAAAAGAAUAUAUAUAUAGCUUAAUUGUGUAUGUGAAGUAACAUUCAUAAUCAAAUGUCAAGCAAUAAGAAUUGUUUGUUAUAUGAAAAAUACUUCCGCAUUAUUAGUAUAAGUAUAUUUUUAUACUGUGUUUAGUUAUACAUGUAUUGAGUGUGUACCGUUUUAAACCUGGUGUAUAGUACUGUUAAUAUAAAGGAAACAAAUAUGUUAAUUUAUAUUGUUUACAUUAACUUUAUGUAGUAAUGAUUCAUGUUUCCAAAUAUGAAAUUUGGGCCUAGUAUGUGAGGGAGAAAAUGUUAAAAAUGCUAAUCAUAUUUUAAAAAAAUAUGCAUUCAAGGAGUUUCCCUUCAGCUAAGUUAAGGCAACAAAUCCUAGCUAAAUUGUUUAAGUCACCAUUACACUUUUUCCUGAUACUUUACACGAUCUAUUGUUCAACUUCCGGAAAGGAUGUAGACAGAAUAAACAUUCGAAACAUAAA